AUGGCUCAACUAAAAGUAGAUACACAUGAUCAAGAUUUCGUCAAGUCUAUCUCUCAAUUAUUGUCAGAUGCCGGCGUACCUUCAGUUUUAUGGGGUGAUUAUCUCCUUACUGUGUACGGAGUACCGUCUGUCAUAGGGGGAAUCGAUUUCAUUAUCCCUGAUGAAAAGCUCCCAGCCGCCGUGGCCGCGCUGAAAAGAUCUAAUCUAAGAAGAUGCCCGGACCCUAGAUUAUGCGCUGUAUCUCGUGAGGAUACACCACAACCAGCCCCAUCUUUCCAUAUGCAUAUUGGAACGUCGGAAUUGGAUGUUUCUAUACGAGCGCGUUCUAAAACCCUAUGGUUUAUUCCACCUGUUCCUGAGAAUUUAUAUAGCGAUACUAGGCCACAAGAUUCGCGCUACAUUUUCGCUUCUGAUGAUUCUAUCCUUCCACCUCCUAGACAUGGCAGGGGUCGCGGUGCCUUCUCAAAAGAGGGGUUUCCUGUUGUCGUCCCGACUGCACACACCAUGCUUGAGGCGUACAUGCGCCUAUCGAUUGCACAUCGGGACGAAUAUGGCGGCUUUUACAUCAGUAUGAUGGCAUAUGUUGCCCAGUACAUCGAUGCGGACGGACUCUUGAACGAUACAAAGCUACCGGAAUCAUGCCGUGAAUUCUGGCAUGAUUUCAAACUCGGCCAGCGAAGAACUAGGGAAAUGAUGGAUGAACUCCAGAACUACUUUGACAACGAAAGUACGGGGGAAAGACGUGGUGGUCGGUAG